GAGGGGGUGGGAUUACACAGGCUCCUUCCCUGCAUGCGACUACAAGCUAGUGAAAUGGAUGCAAACACAGUGAUAGGGGAGAGGUACUCACCCCUCCUAACUGUGCUCAUUUCCCCUCAUCCACCUGAAGCUGGCAGAGAAUGUAUGCUUAGUGUAUGGAUGCACAUGUGCUAGGCAAACUGAACUGAAGUUACACUGAGUGCCUGUAACCCCGGACCUCUGCCUCCCCAGCUGUAUGCCUCUGCUUCUCCCUGGAAAGAGCUGCUGCUGUGGAUUCUGUAUACUUGUUGCUAUACCUCUGUCCAGCUCAGUGGGAAUCGCUUUCCGAGGCUAUGGAUACCACACAGGCUUACUUAUCCUAUUGUGUGUGCUGAGAUCAAUCUGCACAUGCUUGAUGUAAUUCUCCACUUUCUGCAGUCCCAUAAAGGUACGUAGCUCUUCUGGCUGGAACAGCAAUUGGAAUAUAUUGGUGCAGUUCCUGCUUGUCAGUCUGCUUGCAUCUGGCCAAGCCAUGCUUCUGUUCUUAGCAGAACGUUAUAGGAAAAUGAUGAGUUCCAAAAUGUUCCUAUGCAAAUCAUUAAUUGUGUUAAAUGAAUAGCACAAAUGGAUCUCCUAUAGUAAAGGAGCAGGCAUAGGCAUGUGUGAUGUGAUUGCCACUGUCAGACUUAAGAGACAACGGAUAGGUGACGGAAAGCUGCAAGCAGACAGAGCAGCUCUCUCCCUGCUGCUGGUAUAGCUCUGAGAGCUGCAGCUCAGCCAGCAACACAUGGCAUUCUUCUUCCUCUGCUUCUGCUGAACACUACAGACUGCUCUUAUCUGACACACCUGGAAACAGAAUGGGAUUGUGACCUAGAGACACUGACAGCAUCUUCAGCACAUUCUUCCUGGUCAAACUUUUUAUCUGCUAACAAAAUCAAACAAGUUUUAUAAACUUGCAGCAACCUUUAUAUUUCUGCUAAAGCUCAGAUAAGCCAUUACAGGCAACCACGGUAAACAUGGCAGCAGGAGUGGCAUCAUGGCUGCCCUUUGCGCGAGCUGCUGCCAUUGGCUGGAUGCCAGUGGCAUCAGGUCCUAUGCCUGCACCACCCCAAGGUGAAAGGAAAAGGUCUCAGGACUCCUUGAUUGUGCUAAAUGUCAGUGGUACCCGCUUUCAAACUUGGCGAAACACGCUAGAGCGCUACCCGGAUACUUUGCUUGGCAGUACUGAGCGAGAUUUUUUCUUUAAUCAGGAUACUGGAGAAUAUUUCUUUGAUAGGGACCCGGACAUUUUCCGCCACAUUCUGAAUUUUUAUCGCACAGGUCGGCUUCACUACCCGCGGCAUGAAUGUAUUGCUGCAUUUGAUGAAGAGUUGGCAUUUUUUGGUGUUAUGCCAGAGAUUAUUGGUGACUGCUGUUAUGAGGAGUACAGAGAUAGGCGCAGGGAGAAUGCAGAGAGAUUACUGGAUGAUGCUGACAGUGAGAACAAAUCAGACGGACCACUACCCCCAAUGUCAGCUCGUCAGAAAAUGUGGCGAGCAUUUGAAAACCCUCACACCAGUACUGUAGCCUUGGUAUUUUACUAUGUAACUGGCUUCUUCAUUGCUGUCUCUGUCCUUGCCAAUGUGUUGGAGACAGUACCAUGUGGUACAGGUCUAGGCUCUAUGCGGGACUUGCCUUGUGGUGAGCGUUAUACUACGGCUUUUUUCUGUCUGGAUACAGCAUGCGUCCUUAUCUUCACUGUGGAGUACUUGAUGCGCUUGUUUGCUGCACCCAGCCGAUUUCGGUUUGCACGAAGUGUAAUGAGCGUCAUCGAUGUGGUGGCAAUCAUGCCCUAUUACAUUGCUCUUGUGAUGACAAACAAUGAGGACGUAAGUGGCGCAUUUGUCACGCUGAGAGUGUUCCGUGUGUUUCGGAUCUUUAAAUUUUCCCGCCACUCACAGGGUCUACGGAUCUUGGGAUAUACACUGAAGAGUUGUGCCUCAGAAUUGGGAUUUCUGCUAUUCUCCCUUACUAUGGCGAUCAUCGUCUUUGCCACAGUAAUGUUUUAUGCUGAGAAGGGUUCUUUAAACAGCAGAUUCACUAGUAUACCAGCUGCCUUUUGGUACACCAUCGUCACCAUGACAACGCUGGGGUAA